AUGCAACCGCUUAGUUUACACUGUCUUGCAGCUCAUUCCUCAAGAUCAUCUGCUCAAACCACGGGAUUAGAUUCCUCCCAAUUUCAGGCUUCAAGAGAGUUUAGCUCCCCGCAUCGUCCGUUUCGUCAUUCCGAGGCAGGUUCCCAUGCUGAAAGAGAUCAUUGCCCUCCUCCGGAGAUGACGUUUCAGUCCAUCUUUCAUCUCAAUCCACUUCUUGUAGUUUGCUUUGUGCGGCAUCUCGAUCAGGAAGGCCGACAAGUUGCCACCCCCCACUGUGUAGAGGAGACCAUUCGGGAGCUUCAAGCCUGCUUUUCGAAGCCCAUUCCCACCUCAAGCAUUCAUCCUCAACAAUUGAAACCGAACGGAGGGAGCAACGCUACGCAGAGAGUAGGAAGUUCCGCUACGAUACAAUUUGGAAAGGCCCUUGAGGUCUUUUCGGGAAGCGGCGUUGCAGCGUUGAACAUAUUUGUGUACUCCACCAACGAACCGUACUCCCGUCCAAAAUCCUGCGCGAGUAUCGCAAAGGAAUGGCGUGAGCAGCUAACGAAAGAUGGGAACGAAUCUAGUUUAGUGUUACUUCACCACAAAGACUUUGCCAGCCCUGAGUCGUUGACUCUGAAAGACCAAAACCCUGCCGAAGAUGGAAACUCAAAGGGAAAGUCCGCAUCAACGAUUCAGGCGAAGAGAGACGCCGCGGCGGCCGCCCUGAAACCCUACUACGCUGAGCUCCGGGCUUGUCGCUUCGCGCCGCAGCAGGUAUGCAUCUACAUUCCACACGAAGCCCCCCAAAAGCUCCUUGAGUGCUUGCGAGUCGCCUCCAUUAGGCGGAUGCGCAGUUUAGAAGAUGCGUUUCGACGAUAUUUAGAAAAAAAGCAAUCCUUACCGCGGGAGCCGGCGCUAGGAAACCCGAACUACACGCGUCAUGUGGGCACGAAUAGCAAUGAAAGCCUUUUACUCGUGCUCCCAGCCGCCCGGACGGGAUCGGCCGCAGCUCAGGAUUCCGAUCCCAACCACGACCGGCUUCCGAGCAUUUCAUCCCCAUGCCCGUCUCCCCCUCUAUCGGGGCCCCAUUCACGCUCUAACAGCUCCACCACGAAUGGAAACCUCCAUAACGCGAAGGUGGAGAAUUCAGCAGCCUCUUUGCCUCAAACCCCACUCAACAAAUACCAGAUACCCGCGAGGCCGUCCGUUUUAAACGCGACGACCCCCCUCAUGACGGCGGUCCCCACCACAUGGAGUAUUCAACGGUUUUGGCAAUACGGUCUCGACCUCGCGCGGCAAUACCUUAUCUUUGGUUUUCUACGCGAAGCGAGUGGCGUCUACGGACGACUUUACAUGGAGUACUACAACAACUCCGACGACUACAGCUUUGUAGGGAAGACGGAAACGUUGGAGAGGUUGGCCAGGAUGCCUAAUCUCUUCGAUGUGCGGCAUAUUGGAGGUGAAUCGGGGUUGAUGGGGUACCCCAAGGCAGUUGAGCAGGGGGCGGAGUUGAUUGAUGGGUUUCUUCUGAUCACUGCGCACGCCAUGACUUGUGUAACACUGCUUGAUGACCAGGCGACGACCGCCAAGAAACGCUUCUUCGACACCUUUAUUGAUGUGGUGCAUGAGAAGUUCACCGAGCCGCCCGCGGCGAUGCUCCCACAGGUUCAUCGGGAUCACUUUUUAUUGAAAUGUUUUCUCUCCGGGCUGUCGAGCUUAUGGCUGACCUAUGGGCUGAUUUCGUCGCCUCUGCCAGCGUCUCCGGCCUCCUCGCUGGAUGCCUUUGGGGGGGUCGACGGCGACGCGCGAGGUGGGAGCUCGCCAAAUGCCCCGGUGCAUCGCAAAGGGAACGGCGCUGCCAUUUUAGCCACCGUUUCCGACGACUUCCCGCAGCUCGAGAGCUCGUUUUUAAGGCUGCUGUGUGGUGACGUGAUGGAUUCGGAUCUGGUCCGUGGGGUGGGCGACGACGGUGAAGACCCUUCCACCUUGAACCUCUUUCCAGACGGCCAAGCGCUGCCGCAGAAGCUCAUGGGGAUGUUCUUUCUCGAGGGCAAAAACACGCUGAACGAUUCUGUUGCCCGUUUGGUCGAGCUCGCCAAGCUCCUCGCGCUCGUCCCGAAUGACGCCACCCCUGCGAUCAUCGCCGACGAUGUCGACAGCGCGGCACUCCUCCGGAGAAGUUGCGCGGAGAUCGCCGCGCUCGUGGCCUCCGCGAAAAAAGUGCACCUCCAGCUGUGUGAGGGCCUUGGUUAUGGCAACGUCGCGACGAAUUGGGAAGGCCUCAACACCCACAGCAAAAGUAACAGCUGCGAUAGUCUGCCCAGCGAUGUCAGGCAGGCAACACAACGGUCCUUAUUCGAGGUUGAGAAGUUCUCCACGCCGGGAAGUGCGCGGCGAUUUUGGCGGCUUCUCACCGCCCUGUCUGCCGCCGCCUCCGGGAUUUCAGGACAGCACCGGCGGGAGUAUGCGGACUACGGGGCUCUCGCGCUCUCUCUUUUACAUGAGAAUCCGAAGCUCACCGCUACGAUCGCGGCGACCCGCCUGAUUCCUUUUAUUGAAAAGCAUAGUUGGCGUUGUCUGGAAUACGCCUCCCGGUGGUUGUACGUUGAAAGCCUUCACAAGCUAUUUUCCCUCGUUCAAGCACGUGAACACGGCUGGGAUGCGACGACGAGGGAACGGGUGUGGUUGCUGUUGUUCAACACGAAGACGCCGUACGCGUUGUUUAAGGAAUGCCUGCUAUUCUUGAUAGGCUUCACCUCGGAGCACAGAGGCGGAGGUGCAUACUCUCAACCCAUUUCGUAUAGCCUUCCUGGAAGCCCUGGGAUUGAUAUGAGCCACACUACAAUUCCAAGUUAUGCGUUUCCAUCAAGGAAAAAGUCCGACUUUUGGGAGAUGAUGUUGCGCGUGGAUGCAUUAGUAGAGCUGCCUUUGCUUAAGGGAAGGGCACCGGAGUUUUCUCUUGACGUGGUUCUGUGGAAUCCAUGUGUAUGGGCAGUACCCUCGGGCAAAGUGGAAGGCCCGACAACACCUACAACGAAAACAAUUAAUGUUGCGCUCCUCGAGCCGGUGAGUAUUUUUUUUAAUGCGGAGUGUCCGGUCGAUAUUUUACGCACGGUUCUCUCUUCUCGUUGCCAAACAACAACAGUUUCAGCUCUUUUGGAAUCUCGAAAGGAAUGGAGCAAUUCAGAAGAGCCGAUCCACCUCCUCAAGCUCACGAAUCCGAGCACAGCUUGUUACAAUCCACAGACGCACCGCCUGGAGCUUUGCUUUAAAACCCAUCCAUGCCACGCCGGGCAUUACCGUCUGCGGUGCGUCCAGUUGGUGAAUGGGGCGACGAGGCUUGGUUACUACCCCCCUCAUGUGGAUCUCGCGUCCACCAGUACGGCGCAAGGCAACCCCAACUUAAGCCUUUCUCAACCCAUCCAUCCACGAGCCAUGGAUGAUGAAACGGGUGUGUGCAAUCCCAUCCCGCACUCCCAGGGCUCCACGGCUCCAUCUUUCGCGUGUUCGCAGGUGUUAUUUCACGUCCUCGAGCGCGCCGGGAAGGUUCGCCUCAGUAUUAGCCGCCCUCCGGGCGAUGAGCAUUGCUUUGCCGACGCGUUGUCGUAUUUCACGGUCGGGAUUGAAAUGGAGGAACCUCUGGAGGUGCCAUCGCGGCAGCCAGGGGCCCCGACAGAUUCGGAUCACGCACGUGUUUCGAACACAAUCCCCCCUCUCCCUCCCAAGACCAACCCUCAUGAGUUUAAGGCGGGAAAGGACGAAGAGUUUGAAUCGGGGUGCUCCUUCGAGGAGGGUCCGGUGAGCUCUCCUGCGCGGGGUCGCUACGGUGGUGGGGUUCCUUCCCCUUCGGAGGCCGCCUUUCCCCUCCCUCCAAUGCGACGACCCUCUCGUUGGGGAUCAACGGACACAACAGGAGGAGGAGGAGGCGUCAUCUCCUCCACGGAUCCUUCCGUCAUUGCGUUUCUCUCAAUCGCACCGCAUAGCAGCCCCCCACUUCGUUUGCGUCCUCCCGGGAUAACAGGGGGAAGAGGAGUUCAAACCUACACCGACCCCUUCCUCACCCCCCCACCCUGCGUGUUUUACGCCCCCGGGGUGGGGAUUGAGUGCGCGCCAGGGGUCUUCGCGGAGCCCCCUUCUCCUUCCCCCUCCCUUGGGCGAGAGGAGGGUGGAAAAGGCGCCUCCGUGGUGCGGCCGUUUACGCCGCUGAAGCUGAACUUCCCGCAGCGGAGUGGGGUGGAUAUUGAGCGGGGAAUGGGCUCGCUUGAAGGGUGCAGCGGACGAGCGCGUGGGGUGGACGGGGAAGGCGAUGAAAAGGACCUCUUGGCGGGGGGUCCACGCCUUGCGUUGCGGAAUCGCGUGCGGGUGGUGCUCACGAGCACGUCGGCCUUUCUUUUCCCCAGUUCGACGUGUAAGGAUACGAGUGGGAAUACCUUGAGUUUUGAGGUCCCGCAAAGCUACGCGCAACACCUGGCGACGGUGCGCCCAUCGAGAAUCGUCCUCCCGCUCGACCUCGACGCCACUUUUUCGCAGCUACCGAAACUGCAUUCGAUUUCAUCGCAUCAUCAAGAUGAGAAGGAUGGGGCUUCGGAGGUGCCGUUGCCGUUUGGGGUGCUCGGGAGCGUGUUGCUGUAUCCCAGGCGGGAGUCUCGCUUUUGUUUGCUUUUACCCAAUGAUGCGGAUCGGCAAGGGAUCGAAAAGAAGGGAGAAAAAGAUGGUAAUGACGCGGAUGACAAGACCAAAACCCCCCGGACGCUUUCUAGGGCUGACGCGGGAAAUCUGCGGGCGCUUCUUGAAAUCACCCACAAGAUGGAGCUUCGGAUCCCCCUUCUGCCUCUCUUCAUGACGCAUUGCCAAGGUCAGGAAAUCAAUAAUGAUAUCUAUUUCUGCUGUCUACGGCAAGGCGACCUUAGCACCACCAGCUGCAGUGUUUCCUUUCCAUUCCAAGAGGCCAUCGCCGCGGAGUACGUCUUCCGGCACUUUGAAUCCCGCGUCUACUGCCUCGUCAAGCUGCGAAAUCUCUUGAAGCAGACUUCACUGUGGAUGCGUGGGGUGGUGCUGCAUGUUUUGGACCCUAAACCGAUCUACCACGUUGCUCAUGUUAGCGAGAUAUACAACGAUCUGAUCACGCGAGAAUGGAGGCCGCAGGAGGUGCGUCAGAUCUUAUUUGAGCUUGCACUGCGCCGCGACUCCAGCACCGUGGAAGCCGCACUCCACCAUAGUGUUCAGGUGGAAGUAUUCUAUUCAAACUGGCAAAAAACGUACCUCACAACGAGCGAGGAAGAUCGUAUCGUUCUUCACGUUACGCAUCUCCACGGUAAUCGAUCCACGCAGGGCGAGGGUGCAGAAACCAACAUUACGUGGGUUCGAGAUUUGCAAAGGGAAACGACCGACGUAAAUCGGAAUUCCGACAACAGCGCCGCAGCAGCCAAGCUGACAGAAAUCACCUUUGUGGAAGCUUCGCCAGAGUCCGCUUCUUCCCGGCCCCAUCCGAAUGUCCUUCCGCGAAUUUUGUCGACUGCCUCUUCGCCAAACCGCAAGAGUGAUGCGAUACCUGAGGGGGGGUUGACAACUGAUAGGAGUGUUGAUUACAAUCCCGAUGAGCUUGUUUUUCUAUCUUCCUCGUGCAACGCGUACUACGGCCCGCCGGCGUCCUUUCGCUCUACGCAUCUCUGUCUUUUCAGCGCCGUUAUUGAAGCGGAGUCGACCUGGACAACGCAAAAUGGAAUGACGUCGGAUUGCAUCCACCCCACUGCAGGUAUGUCAAGCAUGUCUAGUGGCGGCUUGGGCACCGCUGUUGCGGCUCUCACGGAGAUGACGUACGACGCCAUCGUUGGGAGAUCGAGCGAAUUUGUGUUUGUUGCCGGCGAGCCCGUGCGCUUUUGUGUCCGUCUGCACCCCCUCACUCACAACUGGUCGGAGGAUGCCGGUGUUGUGGAUGACUUUUUUAUCGAGCUGCAGUGUGAUCCCACUCAGUGGAUGGUGAUUGGCAAAAAGCGCAAACGGCAAACGCUCUCGGCGACGGAGGACCUCACGAUGUAUUUCACGGCGCUACCGCUUCUUCCCGAAGACCCCAGUGUGGGGCCUUCGCAUCGCCCGAACAGUCGGAGCCCGGAGAUAACAAGACGAUUCUAUUCACCCUCCCCGGAUGCCGUUCGUGUUGCCGCUGAUAGGCAGCAGCGGACGUGCCCUCGAAGCCUCAGCGGUCAACGGCCCUCCACCGAGGUGAUGGUCCACGCGACGAUGGAUGAGAGUAUACUAAUGAUCCCCACCAUCCGUGUUUUCCGAGUACCUCCCCACGAAGGCAAGGACUCGGGGAUUUUCAGACGUGACGCUGCAGCCGAUGGGAAGGAAGAGGUGCUAGUGGACGUGGUGCGGUUUCGGCAUUGGGCAAGGGUGACCAAAAAGGUGCGCUGA